UAUACCUUCAGUGUAGGUCCUCGUGAGGUUGCCUGCACAGACUCUUAAGGGACCUCAGGGAACCUCAAUAGAUUUCUGAUCGGGAGAGGCUGCGCUCAUGCUCACGUUGCGUAUGCACCGCACGACCAUUGUACUUACCGCAGCGUUUCUGCGUUUCAGCGUUUGCAGAGCCAGUGUGUGUCCAGAUUACAGAUUCAGAUCUAGUCUGGUGCAGUGCGUCCUGACUUUGUCCAACAGACUCGGGCGUCCUGGCAGGACCAACUGAUUUUUAUAUUUUUAUUAACACGAGGUCACAAGCAUUUAAGCUGCAUCCUACAACACAACCAGAAGUCUAACAAUGACCGACGAGUCGAACGGCGAGUCUAGCUUCGAGUUCGUCGACAAGAAGCUGGAGGACUGCGAUGCCUCAAAUGCAACGGCACCUGGGCCAGUACUAUCUGCACCAGCUAGCACAGGCAAUUUGUUGUCCAACGUUGCACCACCAAGCGCACUUCCUACCUUUGUAACGAGUUCAGCACAAAAUGUGCCAUCUACUACACCAGAGGCAGUCAAGCCACCGAGUCUACAGUUACCCCAAGGUGUCCAGACAGCAGAGCCAAAGGCCGUAGACUCUCCUACAGACAAGGGACCAGUGGUGUUAAUAGCACCCGACAGUCCUACCAUGGAUACAGGGGCUCUGGCCGGAAGUCUGUUCUCGUGGGUCAAAGAUACCGUUGCGAAUAGCAGUGUUCUCAGCAAGGUAGCCGAAAAGGCCAAAAGCAGCGUCAACUCCAUGAUCACAACAUUGGAUCCACAAAUGCAUUCCGGAGGAGAUAUUGAGAUCAUUGUGGCUUCUGACAAAGAUGUGACAGUAUCUCCUGUUCGUGAGGCUUUUCAGAACGUUUUUGGGAAUGCUACUGUUAAGGGAGCGCAAACAGCAUCAGCAUUUGAAACUGCUCAACCAGUAGGUUUCGAGGCAGGAAUAAAGGCUGCCCAAGAGAGAAUAAUUGCUGCACGCAAUACAUCAUUGAUUCCAGCAGACAUUCCCGUAGUAGCAGUGGAAAAUUUCUUAUUAGAAAUUGGUCAUAAUAAAUGGUUCGAUCUUGGAGUUAUCAUCUUAGAGGACCUCAAACAGAAUAUCAACCUCCAAACUUUUACACAAAUGACGCCCGUGCCUAGUCAAAUUGUCGAAACAGCAAAAGAAACACCAUCCACAAAUAUAAAAAGUGGCUUAACUGUGACGAUUGACAGCUUGAUGGGUGCUACAUUGCAAGCAAGUAUCCAUUUCAAUAUCCCUGUCAUUUGA